AUGUCUAAGUUGCAAUUUUUGCUGGCAUGGUUAUUGAUUUUAGCCAAGUGUCAGUGUUAUGAAUCUGAUACUGUAAAUGAGAAGUUAACGUUACAGCCGUUACAAGAUGGCAGCUUCUUAUUCGUAUUGGAUGUUGAUAUCAUCACUCCACGGCAUGUGCGUUCUGAAGAGCAUAUGGCAUACCCUGGUAUAAUGAUGGACGUGAUGGCUCCAGAUCUUGCUAAACUUUUUUGGAAAACACAUGUAGAGAAAUUCGAGGCUACACAACAUAUGGGCGAUUGGCAUGAUACUUGGGGAUGUUCUAAUUUUGAUAUUUUCAAUCAUGGCGAGAGUCUAUGGGCAACAUGGUUACCUAAGUAUACACAGCUUGAGGCCUACGACUUUUUUGAGACGCUUGCAACAAGCCUCUGGGGUAUCACAGGGUCACAAUUUCACUAUCUCGCAUCACGUGACGUCUUUGUUUUUGAUGUGAACCGUAUUGCUACGUUGGAGGAGCCAACACCUUCCCAGCCAAAGGAGAGGAGCCUUGCGGCAUCGUAUUCUGAAGAUAUAUUUUGUGUUGAUAACCUUUACAAAUGGCGUGUUAUGAUGCCGUCAUUAGCUCAAGCUGGUUUGUUGUCACUGAUAAACGACGAACGUGUAUGGUCACGUUCACCUUAUAAGGGCGUUAGGUCGCGUAUGUUUAUGGAGGCAUCAAAACUUAAGUUUACGGCUCAGUUCCAGUUAGUUGUAAAUCGCAACUGGCUUAAAAAAGGUAUAUGGAGUAUCUAUCGUGAACGCAAGGUUCCUAAAAAAUUGCUGGAUGCCACAACAAGUACUGUCGAAUUUAUAGUACCGGAACAACUUCGCGGUUCUUUCGAAGGAAAUGAUCGUCUAGUAUUCGAUUUUCUCGAUCUGGAAAGUCAUUCCCUUAUAGAAAGUGCUUUUAUGAAGUUGUUUGCAUUAUCUGGAGAUAAUAUAGCAUACCCUUGCACCCCAAGGUUGAGUUUCCGAGUAUCAGAACUGGAAAGCAGUAGCCUUUCAGUGCAGAGGCGUGUAGAGUCGUCACUUUCUGUGUUGAUCGAUAACCCGGAGAAUUCAGAUAAGUAUGUCAAAUUGGUUCAGCCGUUACCAUAUUGGAUGCUUCCUCAAAUAUCUACUCUUAUUUUCACGAUAUCGCACGAAGACACUUCGGAUGGAGUAGACCAAUCACGUAUUGUCACAUAUUCCUGUGUUGGUAGCGACUGUUUCAAGCGUUUAGUUCACCGUGAACGUCUUUUGGAAUAUGUCAGCUCGCAAACAACGACUAGAGAUAUAAAUAUCGACUUGGAUGAAGACCUUGCUGCGCCGCUGAUGGUAUAUGAUCACACUGAAUAUUGGAUAGGUUUUGGAUUUUCUGUUAAGUUGCCUUCGAAUUCACGGCUAGAGUGUCGUGUCGACUUGCAUAAGAAUAAACUGACGUUUGAGGAGAUCGAUUACUCCAUGCAUCGAGGGCAAUUGAUCCAUUCAGGUAUGCUUAUUGAGAGUUCGCAUCCUACUUUUGAUAACUUAACAAAUUUGAAGGGCAAAAUACACUACACGGGCCCAUUCUUUUCACACAUAAUUCUACCCGAUAACACAAUGGCAUUUAACGUGAUGGCGGCCGUUGGCGUUAUCAUAGGGCUACUUUUUAGCUUAGUAUUCAAUCUAGCUACUAGAAAGCUGCCGUUGAGUGACGUCACGGAGCCAAAGAAAACAGACUAA